ACGUAUUAGAGAGCAAAGCUGGAGAAACAGCACCAACGCCUAACCCAUUCCACCUCCUGCUCUCAUCUGACCACCGGAGCUCCACCCCGCCGCGGCGUCGUUCUGGAGCUGGCGCCACCGCAGCGAAGUUCAAGACCCAACACAACCAACCCAGCCACCAUCAAUGAAGCCUACUGAUCAAAACCGCAGAAGAUCAACGCCACUGAUCAAACAACCCCAAAACCCAAACAAGCCACACAAAAUUCCCAAAACCCACUGAUCAAACAAAGAAUAAAAAAAAGGAUCAAAGAGCAAUUCGAAUUCGGAUCCGAAGCUCGAGAAAUGCCGUGUAAGCCACUCUGAUUGUAUACUCCCUUGGCUUUUGAUUCGGAAUUCUUGCCCAGUGGAGUCUACGACUGCGGCGGUUCAGAAUGGGUCUGAGAAUAUUGGGUUGACGAUUUGGAGGCUUUCCGGAAGUGGGUUUGCGGUGGGGAGUUUUCUGGGCCGAGAGGGAGAAUUGGGGAGCGAGAGCUUCCGGUGGUGUAUAUACCAACAAUGGCGCUGCGGUGAGGCGUUGGUGCUGUUUCUCCAGCUUUGCUCUCUGAUACGUGUGUGCGGAAAUUUGGUUGCUGCUAUUCCCUUGCUGAGUUUCCUCACUCAACCAUAACCAUAUAGCCACAUCAACCAUAACUAUAUAGCCACAUUGCUACUGGUCCCAACUAUCCUUACAUCCAGAAUUUGACACUAUGGCCAAUUAUCUGAAAGCCUUAUAAACUCUUAUAUUCCAAAAAUUUUCCCAUACCAAGAUAUCAUAACUAAAUGUCACUUAGACUCCCCUCCAUGUCUAUACUUCCCUCUUGUUGCUACCGCCUGAAGAUUUAUAGUUUGAAAUCCAAGGGAGAUUCUUCUCUAAAUCCAUGCUUCCCCCUUGUUCAUUACAAAGUUCUAUGGAGUUUCACUGAAAACAGACAUUCAUUUGUCAGAGGCAAACCACAUGGUACUUUAAUGUCUUCCACAAGAGAUUGCAUAAAUACUAAUAAUCAGUCAACUGAAGAAAAAUCUGUGUCUUUUGAUUGGGGGGACCAAGGGCUAGAAGGGAUUGAAGACAUGGGGUCACCAUGGGAAGGGGCAGUUAUUUACAAGAGGAACCCGAUUUUGCAUGUGGAGUACUGCACAACCUUAGAGAGGCUUGGAUUAGGAGAGCAUUCGACUAAAAUCUCCAAGUCUAGGGCUUCAGUUAUGGGUUUACGGGUUACAAAAGCUGUAAAAGAUUAUCCAGAUGGAACACCUGUUCUGAUCUCCAUUGACAUAUCAAGGAAGAAGCAAAAGUUGAGGCUUGAUGGGAUCAUUAAAACUGUCCUUACUCUUGGCUGCAAUAGGUGUGGUGAGCCUGCUGCUGAGUGUGUAUUCUCCAACUUCUCACUAUUACUAACUGAAGAACCCAUUAAAGAACCGGAGAUUAUCACCAUGGGAGUGAUCUUUGGAGAUGGAAAAGCCAAAACAUUUUCUGGAAGCGAGGAAGGAGAGGAAGAUGAUGAAGCCUUAAUCGAUUUGGAUGACUGGCUGUAUUUUCCUCCUGAGGAAAAAGAAAUUGACAUUUCAAAGAACAUAAGGGACAUGUUGCAUGUGGAAAUUACCAUUAAUGCAAUUUGUGAUCCGAGAUGCAAAGGUUUGUGUCUUAUCUGUGGUACAAAUUUAAACACUAGUAGUUGUAAUUGUAACAAACAGAAAGUGAAGAGUGGUCCUCUUGGAAAUUUAAAAAAGCACAUGCAGCGUAAAUAAUGUCAUAUUAAAUAAUAGAGUCCCAUUAGAACUUCAUUUAUUGUCUCGUGUUUUCUUCUUACAUAAUUAUGGUGUAAAGUAUUACCCGACAUUUCAGUGAAAAAUUAGUGAUCAGGGUAUUUAUUCCA